AUGCCUGGCAUCCUGCCCAUGAAGGUGAUCAAGGUGGGGAACAGCUCGCAGAGUCGCGUCGCCCAGGCCUGCGAUCGCUGCAGGAGCAAGAAAAUCCGCUGCGAUGGAAUCCGACCGUGUUGUUCGCAAUGCGCGUAUGUCGGUUUCGAGUGCAAGACCAGCGACAAGUUGAGCAGACGCGCUUUUCCGCGAGGCUAUACUGAGUCAUUAGAAGAUAGGGUUCGCGCUCUGGAAGCUGAGGUGCGGGAACUGAAGGGCCUGCUGGAUGAGAAGGAUGAGAAAAUCGACGUAUUGUCGCGGUUACAUUCCUUUUCAACCUCGCGCAGGGCAUCCCUGCAAGAUUCGACGGGGUUGGGUGCCUCAAACCGGGACGAUUCGUCCAAGUCUGCUGCAUCCGAGAAAAGAGAUGAGUUGAUUCGUGUUCAACAUUCCUGCUCUUUGUUGCGGAAACCCACGAUAAAUGCACCUUUCACAGGUCCAUCAAGCACGAGAGCUUCUAUCGAUGCAUUUGCGAGCAAGUUGGAAAUUAGCGGUAAAUCAGCCUCAGGCAUCUCGACGGAUGUAUUACUCUCAGAGGCGUUUUUGCCUGUUUGGAGUUCUCAAGAUUCCUCUCCGCCCCAAAGACGCCAGCCGCGGCUUAUAACCGACCAGCUUGUCAAUAUCUUCUUCCAAGAAUGGGCUCCCAUCUACCCCGUCCUUCAUCGACCGACGAUGUUGAAAAUUUACGGCGACUACGUUAGUGACCCCGAUGCGUUUGAAAAUGAUAAAUACUACACGGCACAGCUGAACUUGAUUUUUGGAAUCUCCGCAAUCUCGGCUUAUUCCCGUGUUCCUCAGGAUCCCACAUUCUUCGAGCUGAAUUGGCAGCCUAGGCUUGAUGCUCUCGCCCACGACGUCUCCUUGCCAGGCCUCCAAUGCUAUAUCCUUGCUCAGAUUUACUACAGCAUCAAAGCCGAUUACAAGAGCCUGUUGCGCUACCGUGGUCUCGCUGUAGGAGUGUGCCAUCAACUUGGUCUCCAUCAAAGUCAGAGGGGGUUUUCAUUUACCUUCCUCGCUAGUGAAACAAGAAAGAGGGUCUUCUGGUGUCAAUAUGUUCUUGAUCGUUUUGCGGCUGCUCUAACGGGAUUACCUGUUUUGAUGCUUGAAACAGACAUUUGUGCAGAGUAUCCAGCCGAUAUUGAUGACGAAAAUCUCACGGACAGCAUCGUCCCUACGUUAACCGGUGAAUUAACGCGCAUUUCAAGCGCUUUGGCCUUGUUCUCAGUGUCACGAAUUUUAAGCAAAGUGCUCGCUCAGCUGUAUCCUUCACCAUCUGGUUAUGAUGUUUCCUUGUCGACUGUUCAUUCCCUCGCGAAGGAACUUGACGAAUGGCAGCAAGGACUGCCGCCGCAUAUUCGCCUCGAGUUUGCGCAGGAUAAACCCAGCGCUAAUGUUACCGGAAACCGCUCACCUAUUCUUUCUAUUAUAUACUAUUUUAUACGGACACUCAUUCGACGACCGGCUGUUUGCUUUGCCCAACAAAAUACCACGUCUCCUUCGUUACUUGCCCUGGUUGAUUCGGGGAAGCAUAUUAUCCAAAUCAUUCAGCUUCUUGAAGAGAGAAGACUGAGCCUUUCAUUUGCCAUUAACAGAAGAGAAUUAAUAGUGCUGGCCAGCCUUGGGUUGCUAUGGCAGAAUAUCGAUCUUGGGCCCGAAUGCAAGCUCGUGAAGGAAGCGCAAAAACUUCUUUCAUCAGCUGCUUCACUAGUGGAAUGCGAAUCUACAGAAGCGGCGGCCGAAUUUACUAACAUCUUAAACCUUGUUUCUCCGCUCGAGGAUUUCAAACAUGUUAAGUCAGAACAUCAACAAAAAUCAAACCCGGAGAUGCCAGGCCGGUCCCCGAAAUGCAGGUCUCCCAGGAAAGCCCCGUCUCUGGAAUCACGCCACUCCUUCACCUUGGGCGCUGGGCGAUCCAAGGAUAACGAUAUGCGCAGAAGUACUGUUUCCAAGUCCAUUGCGAACUCAAGUCCAGAACUAUGUCCACGGAGUAUCCGGUCUUCAAGCUCUGUCAGCAUCUCCUCAUCAGCGAACCCGGAAAUGACAGCGGUAACCCCUCGCUCCUCGUCUGACCUUCCUUCAGAGUACCUCAACCUGGAUUAUCUCCCACUUGGCGACGAGAAAGUUGAAAUGAAAACGACCCCCACACCCUCCAACACUUCCACACACGGCUAUGCAGUGUCUGAGUGGGAUAAUGUCCUUGGUGACAUGGAUAGCGGACACACAAACAUAUUCAAUGGAAUCUAUGGCGGCGGGGAAUGUGGCGAUGUUGGGGCUGCAUCAUUUUCUGGUUCCCAUCUCACCCCAGCUUUCCAGUAUCCACAAAACCCCCCUUCGUCAAUGUCUGUCCCACCAACUUCUCAUGAGAUGAAAGCCUGGUCACCUGAAGGAUGGUCAUCCUCCUCGAGCAGUGACAUGCACCCCCAGUCAGCACCUAGCGCCGUGAGUUAUUCUGAGGAUACCAUGGGAGCUAUGGACGAACUGUCACCGCCGGCGACGAUUGGAAAAACAUGCGAGAUGAUGACCCAACAAACAACCUCCCCACCACCCCCUCCCCCACCACACCACGAAGGGCUUGAUGGUAUCCAGAUACCUCAGAGCCUCGGGCCGCUUGAUCACCCUCCUGAUUUCGGUGGUGGUGGUGUUGUUGAUGCCUGGACUCUGCGCCAACCGGCAUGA